AGGCGGGGUUUAUGACUUACACUGCAGAUCUAUUUUUUUUGAGGGGAAAGCUGUCCGCGGCGGAUCUGUCUGUCUCCGUGUCUUGUGGGCCGGGUCAUGACAUUUCAGGGGUGGGUCUCCUUCAAGAAGCACGCAGCUGGAUUUGUGUGUGUAGCAUCCCGGAGGCUGGUGGUUCCCAAUAACUAUAAGCACGUGUGUCUGUUCAGUCAGUCUGCAGCUAACAUGGCAGAGGAGGCGAAGAAGCUAGCUGCUUACGCCGCCGUGGAUAACCACAUUCAGAAUAAUCAGGUUGUUGGUGUGGGCAGCGGGUCAACUAUCGUCUACGCUGUGGAUAGAUUAGCUGAGAGAGUGCGUCAGGAGAAACUCAAUAUUGUUUGUGUUCCCACCUCCUUCCAGGCUCGUCAGCUGAUUCUGCAGCAUGGCCUCACUCUGUCAGAUCUGGACAGGCACCCCGAGCUGGAUGUGGCAAUUGAUGGAGCAGAUGAAGUGGACGAAGACCUCACGCUGAUAAAAGGUGGAGGUGGCUGCCUGACUCAGGAGAAGAUUGUAGCCGGCUGUGCUAAACAUUUUGUUGUAAUUGCCGAUUACAGGAAGGACUCCAUAGCUCUGGGCCAACAGUGGAAGAAAGGAGUUCCCAUUGAGGUUAUCCCCAUGGCGCAUGUUCCCAUCUCCAGAACGAUAGCAAAGCGUUUUGGAGGCGAGGCUCACUUAAGAAUGGCUGUCAGCAAAGCAGGUCCCGUGGUCACUGAUAAUAGCAACUUCAUCCUGGACUGGAAGUUUGAGCAUGCUCAGAACUGGAAGGAAGUGAACACUGCAAUCAAGAUGAUCCCAGGUGUGGUAGAGACCGGGCUCUUCGUGGGGAUGGCUGAAAGGGCCUACUUUGGCAUGGAGGACGGAAGCGUGCAGGUUCGGGAUCCUCCGGUCAACUGAGUUUUCCACAAUUGGCACCAUCUCACUGUGCUCCUCUUUCUGAAUGACCUCACCGCUCCCACAAGUGCUGCACAGCCAGAUUAGGAGUGCCUUGACAUUAAUAAAAAAAAGAA